AUGGCAGACACACACAGCCUUUACCUGCAAGGGAUUGAAGAGUCCACCACGCAGUUUUUGGAAAUUUGGCAUCACUAUGACAAUGCUGGUCGUGGUUAUAUUGAAGGAAAAGAACUGCAAAAUUUCAUUCGAGAACUUCAGCAAGCUCGAAAAGGCGCUGGCUUAGAAUUAUCUGACGGAAUGAAGGCUUUGGUGGAGAAGUACGAUCAGAGUGCUGAUGGAAAGAUAGAGCUGGCCGAUCUUGCUCAGAUUCUACCUACAGAGGAAAACUUCUUUUUAUUCUUUCGACAACAAUUAAAGUCAAGCACAGAGUUCAUGGAGACAUGGCGAAGGUAUGAUGAAGAUCAUAGUGGCUUCAUAGAAGCAGAUGAGCUGAAGAGCUUUCUUCGAGAUUUACUAAAGAAAGCAAAUAGACCUUUUGAUGAAGUGAAGCUAGAAGAGUAUACCCUGACAACGCUUAAAAUGUUCGAUUCAAAUCACGAUGGAAAGUUGGGACUUGGUGAAAUGGCAAGGUUGCUUCCUGACAAAGAAAAUUUUCUCCUCAAAUUUCAGGGGGUGAAUAUGUCUUCAAAAGAAUUUAAUGAUAUCUUUGACUAUUAUGAUCAGGACGGCAAUGGAUACAUAGAUGAAAAUGAAUUAGAUGCAUUACUAAAGGAUCUCUGUGAAAAGAACAAAAAGGACCUAGACAUUCAAAAUCUUACAACAUACAAGAAAAGCAUCAUGGCUUUGUCUGAUGGAGGGAAACUCUUUCGGAAAGAUCUGGCAUUAAUCCUCUGUGCUGAAGAAUUUUAA